CUUGAAGGCCCAAACUUAACGCCCAGUCCAGGAACCUGAUACGGUGAGGUGAGCAGUUGAGACUUGAGAGAGGCGGUGAGCAGAGACUCAGAGAGAGAGGCUGAGGCGGUCCAGCUGGAGACUGAACAGUGGAGACUGGAGACUAGAGAGGGGCGGUGAGCAGAGACUAGAGAGAAAGUGAGAUGGCUUUGAGAGGUGUAUGGCAACUUCAAAAGCUGGUUGUCAGCUAUUCUGAUUGGGGAGGAAGCAGUAGGGGCAUCAGGGCAUUUAUGGAGUCGCAUCUGCCAGCAUUUAAAGAGAAAAAUCCUCAGUUAGAGGUUGCUACUGAACUCAUUCGUGGUCAGCAUCCACAUUUGAAAGCCUUUUACCGGAACAAAAAUGAAUGGGUGGUAUGUGUGAAGAAUAUGGAUCCAGAAGAGGUUCUUCUACAUGCAACUAGGCUAAGGAACGCAUUGGGAAGAAAGGUUGUGAAACUGAGGACAAGACAUGUUACCAAACAUCCUAGCGUUCAGGGUACAUGGACAACGGAUGUGAAAUUUUGAGGCACAAGAUACAGCUCCAUAUGAGUAGCUUCCUUUGGUGUGUUCUAAUAGUUCUUUUUAGCCAUGAUUACAGGUCUAGUGGAACCUUUACUUAGAGGAGCUUGAGGAUUGUAAUCAGUUGUGCAAUCUGGCUAAUGCUUUAUAUACUGCAGUAUGAUUCUAAGGGGAUAUUCAUAUUUCCCACAUUUUGGAAUUUUUAUUGCAUUUACCCCACUUUUGUUCUAAUCGUAAUAAUGACAGGCAUUUGGGUAUUCACGUUCCUCCUAAUCCUCUAUACUUUGUCACAAUUGUGGGAUUAAUCUGAGAAAGCAAUGGUUUUUGUUUCC